CACGUACCCUUGUGUGCAUGCACCGCGUGCGCGUUUGAGUCAUGCAUUUGUGAGCGUUCAGCAUCCUCCCGGUGCUGCAGCGGCGGCCCUCCCCCUCCCGCAGAAUGCCCGACAUGCAAACGGAAGCAGGCGCUACCAUUUUGAAACGCAGCACGGUCUAAGCGCCAUGGAUAAGAGCAACACAGUGAAGCUCUUCGUGGGCAACCUGGCGUUGGACACCACCCAGGAGGAGCUGUCGGCCAUCUUCGAACCCUACGGCCAGGUGGUCAGCUGCAGCGUGCUGCGGCAGUUCGCCUUCGUCCACCUGCAGGGCGAGGGCGCCGCCGAGCGCGCCAUCCGGGAGCUCAACGGGCGGGAGUUUCGCGGGCGCAAUUUGGUGGUGGAGGAGUCGCGGGGCAGGCCGCUGCACUCCACCAAGGUGUUUGUGGGUAAUCUGAGUGGGAUGUGCACCACCGAGGACCUCCAGCAGCUGUUCCAGACAUUUGGGAAAGUUCUCGAGUGCGAUAAAGUGAAAGGCUAUGCCUUUGUCCACAUGGAAAACAAGGAGGACGCUCUCCAGGCCAUCGAGGCCCUGCACGGCACCUCGUUUAAGGGCCGCCCCCUCUCCGUCGAGCUGUCCAAGGUCCAGCCCAGCAAGCAGGCGCCGACGGGAAAAAUCCCCUGCGUUAACUGUGGGAAGCAGGGCCACUACGCCGGAGAAUGCCCCGUGGGGAAGCCCUCUCUGGAGCAGUACCAGAGUCAGGCGGCGGUCCUGGCUGCCGCCGCCGCCGCGGCCGCCGGCCUGCCGCUGCAGGUCCAGCAGAGCGUGCACAAUUCGGUCUACAACACCUCCACCUUCGACCCCACGUACGCGGCGCUCACCGGGAUCACCACGGGCACGCGCACGGACGGGAACCCCGUGAACCCAGCGGUUUACGGCGCCCUCGCCAGCCAGGUGUACGGCGCCAACGUUGCCAGUCAGCUUUACGGAUCGGUGGCCAAUCAGGCGGCUCUCACAUCGGGCGCUGCCCAGAUGUACAGCUCGAUGGCGCCCAACAUCUACGGCCAGAUGGCGGCGACCCCGGCCGCCGCGCAUGCUCAUGCCGCCGCCUACUCGCCUCAAGUUUACGCCCCGGCGAUGGCCAACUCCCACGUCUACCUGACUGCCGCUCAUGGACUAGAAAUGCCCACAUCAGCGGCCAACGCCGGCUACGCCGUCUCUCCGGCUAUUUACGGCGCCGGCGCCCCGGCCUACGCUCACAUAAGCGCCAUGGGAGGAGCGGACCCCACCACGGCCAUCUUUGAGGCCGCCAGACAGGCGCAUUACUUUGCCCAGGGCCAGCAGGUCAUGGCCGACCAGCAGUCGGUGGCUGCGGCGGCGGCGGCGGCCGCUGCCGCGAAGUCCGGCGAGAGGGACCGCAGUCCCCUGCGGCGGUCUCUGCUACCGGACCCGGUGAUGAAGCCCUUCAUGUACCAGAGAGCCAAGCCGCGGCGGCCCCUGCUCCCCACGCCGGCCGGCCGAGCGGCGGAAGAGGCAGCGGAGGCCGCGGAGGACCCCAUGGCCAGGUACUACGCGGAGUACUACCAGCAGCUGCAGCAGUACCCCCAGUUCCAGUACGCCUACCCGCCGCCGGGCGCCAUGACGGCCAUCCCUGGCAUGCCGGGAGUGUCGGCGGUCCCCACUGUUUCGGCGAUGUCGGCCCAGUCGGUCGCCGCGCUGGAAGCCCUCAGGCCAGUGGUUCCCGCGGCAGUGGCAGCCGCCAUGGCCGCGCCAAGGGUGUAUGAGCCGCCGUUGCCGCCGCCCACGCGCAAGGAGGCCAUCCUCCGCCGCCCCGAACUCUCCCUUCACACGCCUGAGCCCCCCUUCCGAUAGUCGCACACAACUCUCUGCCCCACCCCCCCUUCCCUCCUUCGCCCUGAACCCCCAUCCCACAUCUCCUCUUCCACCCCAAACGUGACCACCUUACAGCAGCUGUAUGUAUGUGUGUGUGUGUGAGAGGGAGUGUGCGUCUGUGGGAUCUAAGUGUGUGUGGUUUGAAACUGGGGGCUCCUCGGUUAAUUAACCUGCUUUACGAGGGGCUUAGUCAGCUAAACCUUGGUCCUGUUUGCACACACACAGUGCAGCCGUGAAAUGGAGGCGCUCACCGGUGGUUUCGGGCAUUCUUUGUUUUUUUUCCCGUUUCUUUGUUUUUUAUUGUGCCAGUCUCACACUUGUGCCAGUAUUAGACCGACCCCGGUCGGUCGUUUUCAUACGCCCUUUUUAUUUUUUGAAUUUCCACGACCCAGUUAUGAUCUUCUUUCUACGGCCAAACCGACGAUAAACGUCGGUGCUCAUGAGCCUAGAGGAUCAGUCAGGAGCAGCUCAUCAACGUCGGAGCGUUUUGAUUUGUAAUGUAGUCCUGAUGGGAAGCCAGAUAAACGCAUAUUGUGUCCAGGCUGCAUUGCACCGUGUCCAAUAGAACCAAGGUUGACGUGUUUAAGAAGGGUGUGUGUGUGUGUGUGUGUGUGUGUGUGUGGUGUGUGAAAGAGAGAGAGAGUGCGGGCUCUUGACCUCGCAGCGCACAAACGCAGCGGCUUAGACUGCGCCUUGCAGAAAAGACAAAAACAAUCCCAUAAAGCACACAUAUUACGUACUGUUAUGUAUGUUUUGGAUCUCUCCUUGACCCCCCCCCCCCCCCCCCCCCUUUGACCCCCACCUGUCCUCUUAACUACUACACUGGAAGACACGGCUUCACCUCUCGUUCUCUCUCUCUCUCUCUCUAACUACAGCUGCCUACCUCUGACAGUGAAUUUCAGUGCUGAGUCUAUUUUAUUCUGUUCUAUUAAACACUUUUCACACAGUCGGCAGUUCAGUUCCUGCUCCUUAAAGGUACAGGGUCUUCAUUUUAGGGGAGGGGGGUGGGUUCAGUGACGAUUACUUUUGUAGAUAUUCUGUAUUAAGUCCUCCUACGUGUCCAGAGGCCUUUAAAACACAAGUGUUUUUGUUUGUUUUAGUGUAGUUUUACAUGUAAUACAAGUCAACCUGGGGGUGUAAUAACAUGAAUAAAGAGAACCCCAUGUGUGACUACUGAAUGAGCUGUUUACAAGGGAUCUACUGCAUCCUGAUAGGAAUCGUAACGUGUGACAAGCUCAAAUAUGUGCCUAUAAGCUUUGAGUGAAGUGCAUUACGUGGAGGGAUCUCCCAUUUUUAAGUGCUUUUUUAAAAAUCAUUUCAAGGGGGGUGGGGGGGGGGGUAGUAGGAGCCCUUUUCUGAGCUUUGUGUCCAGAAGGCUACGAGCUUUCUCGUGGACUUGCACUCCUUUGUUUGUUUUCAUAUCGUAGUUUUAUUUUUGUUUAAUUUUUUUUUAAUAGAAACAGGUGAGCUGAGCCUCGCUGGUUCGUAAUUAGCCGCUGGUUUUUAUGCAGGAACGACAGCGAUAGCACCAAUGAGCUGAGAGAUGGGGAAGUGUCUUCCAGAUGACUAUCUUGACUUCUUUUUCCUCCAAAUACCAGACCUGCGUCAGAUCGUGAUUGCAAAAAUUAUUGUAUCCGGUUGGUGGUGUUUUUCCUGCCUCAGGAUGACAUAAGCUCGGUACCGCUUUGACGUGCACACGCCUCGUCCUGAGAGGCAAACUCCACGCAUCCGGUUCCCAAAAAAAAAAAAAACCUUUUUAAUAAAACGAUCACUUUUGAUUUGCAGCUACUGUUUGACAGCGGUCUGACGCGCACACAGACAUCCUCUGAAUUCACCUUUACUGCCUCGCUGUUCUCUCUCUCCCCCCCCCCCCCCCCCCCCACCCUCCCUGUGGUUUUUAGUAGUUACGUGACUUUUGCAUCUCAGUGUAAUCUUUCUGUGUCGUGUGUGUGUGUGUGUGUAUACAAACACAUACCAGUUGCAUCCUUUGUAGAAUGAUGUGGUUUUUGCGAAAAUGUCUUUUUGUUUGCCAUGUUUUUGAGACCGUAUUUUUUAGAGAAGUACUUUUAAUUUUGUCCAUUUUAUUUUUUAAGAAAAAAGACAAAAUAAGAAAUUCGGCAUGCUCUUUUUUUUUUUGGAGAAUAUGUACACCUAUACUCAUUAUUAUAAUAAAGAAUGUUUGGCUCACUACUGUGGUAAAAGAAA